AUGGCAGUUCCCAAGUAUAUUGAUCAUUUCCAUCCUCCCUCUUUUAGCAACAGAUCAACCCCUAACAAUCAUGACCGGAUACAACGCCUGAGACAAGAGUUUCAGCAAGCAAAGCAAGAUGAGGACGUGGAAGACAGGAGACGUACUUACAGUUUUGAGCAGCCAUGGCCAAGCACCAAGACGUACUCACAGAGUGGCAGACACUCCGUGUCAGUAGAGGUUCAAAUGCAGCGGCAGCGGCAAGAAGAAAGAGAGAGUUUCCAGCAAGCUCAGCGGCAGUACAGCUCAUUACCCAGGCAAAGCAGAAAAAACGCCAGUUCUGUAUCGCAAGACUCCUGGGAACAGAGCUAUUCCCCUGGUGAAGGGUUCCAGACUGCGAAGGAAAAUCCCAGAUAUUCCAGCUACCAGGGAUCGAGGAAUGGCUAUAUGGGAGGACAUGGCUUCAAUGCCAGGGUAAUGCUAGAAACACAAGAACUGCUCCGUCAAGAGCAGAGGCGGAAAGAACAACAAUUGAAAAAAAAAACUUCUUCUGAAGGACCUAGCAACUAUGACUCAUAUAAGAAAAUUCAGGACCCUAAUUAUACCCCUCCUAAAGGUCCUUUCAGGCAAGAUGUACCGCCUUCACCAUCUCAGGUAGCGAGGCUGAACAGAUUGCAAACGCCAGAAAAGGGAAGACCGUUUUAUUCUUGAGGUGAAGAAAAUGAAGAUCAACUUACCAUGCAAUAAGGAACAUUUUCAUAUAAAGACU